AAUUUAGAACAAAAAUAAUGAACACCUAAUUCAAACCCAAUGAUGAUACCAGAUCAAUCUAUUGCUCUGUGUUUGAUUCUCCUGGUCUAGACUCGAUCGAUGCUCUCCUGGUUCGACGCGUAGAGUCUGCUGAGCUGAGCAGUGCAUGGCUGAGUUGUGGAGCUUCACAACGAUUUAAAGCUGAGAGUCAGCCAGCAUGGGUCGGCGCUCGUCUGAUAGCGAGGAUGACAGUCGGAGCAGGAGGAAGAAAAAACAGCGUCGCCGGUCAUCCUCCUCUUCCUCUUCUUCGUCUUCAUCCUCCAACAGCAAGGUGGCAAGCAGCCGGAGUAAAAGGUCUAAUCGCCGGAGUCGUUCUCGCUCCAGAGACAAGGACAAAGACAGGAGGAUAAGAAGACGUUCCAGCAGCAGUUCGUCUCACAGUUCGUCUCGCAAGAGGAGGAGGAGUCGCAGCACAGAGAGAGAAAAAGGGAGGAGCCACCGCUCACACAGGUCACGCAGCCGAGACAGGAGGUCUCAUUCUCGCCACCGGCGGUCUCGCAGUAAGAGCAGCAGCCGCAGCCGACGAGGGACCCAAAGCCGCAAAAGGAGCAACAGCCGCAGUCGCCGGAGGAGCCGCAGCCACAGCAGAGAGCGGGACCGCAGCCGGCGCAAGGGCCGCGAGAGGGAGAAGGAAAAGGAGAAGGUGAAGGAGAGGGACAGAGGAAGAGACCGAGACAAGGACAGAGAGGACAAGAGUAAAGACAAGGCAGCCAAAAAGGGGGACGCCGCGAACAUCAAAGGCAGAUUAGAACAUCUGACUCCAGCAGAGCAGGCUAAAGUCCGAAUGCACAUGGUCCUGCAGGCUGCUGCUAAGACGGACGAGGUGCUGAAGGCCAAAGUAGCCAAGAGAGAGGAAGAGGCCCGGAAGAAACUAGAGGAAGUCCAAUUCCCAGGCAUGCUUUGGAGCAGCCUGUUGUUUGGGCCUGGAGAAUUGUACGACGGAACUUCUCUGGAGGAGCAAGUGCGAAGGAUAAAGGACAUCGAGGCCAUCGAGAGUGAUUCCUUUGUUCCUCAGGCUUUCAAAUCAUCCAGGGAUGAUAUAAAGACUGAGCCAGCUGAGGUGAAGCAGGAGUCAGACAGCGCAGAUCCUCAGGACGUCGCUCUUCCCUUGUCCAUAGUCUACAAUGACAGUGACACGCUCGCCCACGCUAGUUUGUUCAUGGACAAGGAGAGGGCCGAGGAACUGUGGCACAACAGAUUGAUCUCGCUGCGGCAGGAGAGGCUCAUGGGAAGUCCUGUGACCUGAUGGACGCCAGAAGAUCCCCCCUGUUCGCUGGGGGAAGUUUCAGCUGCUUUUAUUGUGUCUCAAUCUGUCUUGUUUUAGGACAUCACAAUGUUUCUGACUUUAACCUUCCACUAAUUUUUCUAUCUUAUUGUGAAAACUUGGGCAAAUGAACAGUUUUUGGUCCUGAUAUGCUUAUUAUUUCAUUAAUGUUAAUGUAAUUCAAUUAAACAAUCUGCUGUUCUUAAUUUGGAAGGAUCUUACAGUCAGAAAAAGUGAUGUGUUUUACCAUUUAGAUGUAGCAUUUGAUAUAUUUUAUCUUUUGUAAUCAACUCAGUAAUUAAAAAUGGGUGUUUUUUUGAGUGAAAA